GUUCGUACCCACAUCACUCCUUGCCCACCUCAUGCGAAAUAAGAAGGAUCGUGCUAUUGGCGUCAAGUUCGAAGAAGGGAACAACCCGCCAGAUGCAAUCACCAACAUGGAGGGCGCACUUCAUACAUACAUCACGCCGAUCGUUCUUGCCACAAUCCAUGGCGAUUACACGUACCACGGCGGGAGGCAUAUGAUGCUUCAUUUCCCACGUCUCAACGGAAAAUUCGAUCAGGCCCGUCAAGUCAUCGUCUCCGCACUCGUUCAACCGGACUUUGAAGAUGAUCAGGUCAUGCUCCGCUUGGCCGCACUGACAGAUGUGCCGAUCCUCGGCGUUCCCCUUCCGGUCGAGUUUAAGCUACUGUCAGUACAAGACAAGCAAAACGAAACGUACCGAAAUGCAUACGACUUCAUGCUCAGGUCACAUAUGAUCCACUAUCUUGUUGCUAGCCAUGUACUUCCCCGCAUGCUAGAUGUGCAUGACCAAGCAAGGACGAUAGACGAGGCUACCGAGGCUUUAGAAAGGUGGAUCCUCAACCCUGCGGCAAAGCCAGAAGAAAUCCAAGACGAAUUCGUUCAUCUCCAUUCGGGAGAAAUACUGUCUCUCGAGCUUUUGUACAACAGUGCGAUGCAUCAGCUGCAGAAUGAGCUCUCUGUUCUGGAAUCGUACUUCUCGCAGGGUUACGUGUACACGUUUGACCCGCCAGCGAUCUUCGCCCGCAGGUUGGACGCGACCUUGCUCAACAGACUGUGGAUCGCAGCGCUCAAGACACUAGCAUCCAAUAACGUUUUGGCCAAUAUGCGCGUUGUCGCAUUCAACGACUAUGCGGACCCACUGGUGUGCAAAAAGCUGGUCCCUUUGGCGCUGGCAAGCCAGAAGCACGUCACAGUCCUGCAGAAGUCUGCGCUCUUCAUUGGUCCGGGUGCUGGGUAUGUACCACCCAAAGGCGCAGUGGGUGCGAUGCUGGUGAUCCACAAUAACAGCGAUGGUUUCGGACAGAACAUUGAAACUGAGGCACCGGGAGGAAGCAUGGAUGGCGCGAUCGGCGCUUUUUCCAGCACUGCGGCGUCGUUGAGACGAGAUCGAGCGGAUUUGUUGAAUCACCUGAUGUAGAUUCUAGCGCGCUUCAUUUAAACAUGUACAGGUGUCAAGCCAAGAUAUAUAUAUAUCCACUACGACCGACAUCCGCGCAUUGCUUCUCGUCCCUGUCGGCGCAUACAUCUUCUUCUCGACCUCCCAAUUACUUUUUACAAUGGACAUCGACCAGGAACUCGACCGUGCCAACUCUGCCUUCACCGACAUCACCGAUGACUUUGACCCGACUCAGUUAACGGGCACCAUUUCUUCUAUCACGGGAGAUGAUGAAGUCGAGAAGUUCGAUAACCAGUUCCCGGAGCUGGAUGAUGCACCUUCCUUCCAGCCCAUGGCUCCUGCGCAGCCCACCCUUCGCCCGUCAUUCUUAGGCGGUGCCCCUGUUGCGGCCCCAUCCGCACCUGCUAUGUCAUUGUCUCCCGCUCCUGGUAUGUUCAGUCAGGAGAAAGAUGAGGAAGAGCCCGAGGUGAUCAAGGAAAAUGAAGCUCAGUACCUUGAUGGCCUCAACGCGUCCCUUUCGGAAGGCACCAUGUGGUCGUCGCUCAUCGAGCUUGAGAACUCGCAGAGCAAAACCCUUGCUCGUGCUGGUGCUGGCACGACGGAUCUGAGUAGGUAUAAGGAGGUGCUGUUGAGACUGAGGAGGGAGGGCGACAGGGUUCUGGUGCUGCUGGCUACUAGACGGUGAGAUAGUUGCAUGCGCUUGGCUACGUUUGUCUUCCUUAUACAUUCUCAAAAUGCGACCCUUUCG